GCAAGUCGUGUGCUUGAUGGCCUAACGCGCUGGUAAAUAGAAUUUCACAAAUCAGUUCGUUGUUUUCCGCUGCGGCAUAGUUAUCGUGUGAUUUCGUACAUGUCGCGCUGAAUACAACUCAAUAUCUAGUGCAUUUUAAUAUUCCUUUGACUGUAGCGCGUACAAACAACGCGCAUUGUGCUCUACACCAUUCAGUGAAUGUGAGCUACAAAGUGUUCGCAAAAACACAAGAUUUCCAGUCAUCCUGUGCAGCAGAAUUGGCAGUAGCGUUAUAAGAAGGGGUGACAGUGCAGCGUCCGCCCUAUUCCAGUAGUGUAGCAAGCAGCGGCAGCAACAAUAGAUAACUUCGGGAGUCUCAUAUAUUAGCAAGCAGCGCGUGCUCGUACUCUCUCACGCUUUAAAUGCGAAUCGUCAAUCACUUGAACUACGCCUAACAUCCACACACCAACCACAAUAACAGCAACGUAAGUGUCAGCAGACCAAACAACGGCAUAAUCAUCGACCGAACGCACGAACGUACGACGCAACACCUAGCGUCAGCGUCAGUGUCCGCGUCGUCUACGUCGUCUUCGUGCUCAUCCUCGUCGUUAGCGACCACAAAUAUUACGCCAACGUUAGACUAUACCGGCCUCACCACGACGACUACAUUUUUACAACACUUUAAGGACGUCGUCACGACGAAGUUCUCCGGCAGAGAUCAUCACCUGCCACCACUGCAUCCGCAUCCACAUCCGCAUCAACAAGCCGCCGCAUUGCAUCACCACCAUCAGCCACAUCAGGCUGUGGCCCAAAGCUUUUCCACCAUUUUUCCCACAUACUUGGGCAUGGAUCGAGCCGGUGGCGGCGGCGGUGGUGCCGUCGCUGCUGGCGGUGGUCUUGGGGUGGUACACAAUACGGGCGGUGGUGCACUUAACGGACUCGAAGCAAUGUCAGCCGAAUCGACUGGCCUAUGCUUGCAGGAUUUAGUUAGUGCCGGCACUGCAGCUGGUGCUGGCUCAGCCGGCUCUGCUGAGAGUACCAAUACAACAUCAACUGCACUGAGUAGCGGCAGUACUGGCAGUUCAACGGUUAAUGGUAGCGCCGGUUCGGCUACGGGACAAGAGCAUUUACACAAUCAUCACAGUCUACAUGACUCCAAUUCGUCGGUUAGCAUUUCACCCGCCAUUUCGAGUUUAAUGCCGAUUGGGAGUCUAAGUCAUUUACAUCACACCGCCGGUCAGGAUUUGGUUAGCGGUUAUCCGCAGCAUCCACAUCACGCUGUGGUGCCACCGCAUACGCCGAAACAUGAGCCGCUCGAGAAACUAAGAAGUUUAUUCUUUUCAGUUUGGGCCGAGACUGGCGAUUUUCGUGAUAGUCAUAAUUCCAUGACCGCUGUAGCAAAUAGUUUGGAUAGUACACAUUUGAAUAAUUUUCAAACAUCAUCAUCGUCGGCGUUAACAAAUCGAAAUCGCGACCGUAAAGAUGGUAAUCGUUCCGUCAAUGAGACCACAAUCAAAACUGAAAACAUAUCAAAUUCCGGUCAUGACGAACCGAUGACAACCACCACCGAUGAGCCGAAGAAUGAUAAGAAAAAUAAACGUCAACGUCGUCAGCGUACACAUUUUACAUCACAACAACUACAAGAGCUGGAGCAUACAUUUAGCCGAAAUCGUUAUCCGGAUAUGUCGACACGUGAAGAGAUUGCCAUGUGGACAAAUUUGACCGAGGCUCGAGUUAGGGUGUGGUUCAAAAAUCGUCGCGCCAAAUGGCGUAAGCGUGAACGUAACGCAAUGAAUGCCGCCGUCGCAGCCGCCGACUUCAAAUCCGGCUUCGGCUCACAAUUUAUGCAACCAUUCGCCGAUGACUCGCUCUAUUCGUCAUAUCCCUAUAAUAACUGGACUAAAGUACCAUCACCGUUGGGCACGAAACCCUUCCCCUGGCCCGUUAAUCCGCUCGGCUCCAUGGUAACCACCAAUCAUCAUCAAAAUUCGGUAAAUUGUUUCAACACCGGCGCCAGCGGAGUUGCGGUUAGCAUGAACAAUUCAAUGUUGCCCGGCACAAUGGGCUCCACAUUGACCAACACGAAUGUCGGCGCCGCACCAUGUCCCUACACCACGCCUGCCAAUCCGUAUAUGUAUCGUGCCGCCGCCGAACCCUGCAUGACGUCCAGUAUGUCAUCGAGUAUUGCCACACUACGCCUGAAGGCCAAACAACACACCACCGGCUUUGCCAGUCCCUAUUCGGCCCCAUCGCCAGUGUCACGCUCCAAUUCAGCGGGUCUGUCAGCUUGUCAAUAUACCGGCGUUACGGAUGUUGUUUGAGAAAACGCCCUUGGGGCGCUACUCAAUCAACAUCAACAUCAUUUGCAUCACUUCUCCACGAGCGGUGGUGGUAGUGGUGGUGGUGGUGGUGGCAUGUCCUCACACUCACCAAAUAUCAACAAUAAUUUACAUCAUUUGCACAACAAUAAUAAUAACAACAAUCUGUUGAACAACAAUCAUCUGCUGCUCGAUCAUAAUGGUGAGCUGAGUGUGGGCGGUUUGGUGGGUAACGGUACACACAAUAACAAAUCGCCGCUUGGACAUCAACACAGUGAUAUGGGAGAUGCUGGAGGCGGCGGCAGAGGCGGCAACGGUGGUGCUGGUGGUGGUGGUGGCUCAAAUGGCUUGUUGGGGCAGAAUGUGAAUAAUGAUGGCGGUGAAGAAGUGGAGGAGGUGAUUGACUAAAGCUGACGGUUGUCGGUUAAUAACUUGGGUAGAGUUACUAUAUAAUGCGUGUAAAAAGAAAUAAAUAAAUAAAAUUAAAGAAAAAAAAUAUUAAGAGCAGAAAUGCACCUUUGCAAGUGCAUGAAAAUUAUUAAAAAAAAAAAAAAAAAAAAUUUGUUA